CAUAAGAGGUAAGUUUUUUACUUUUAGUAUUUUGUUAAUGAAUAUAUAUAAUAUUAAUAAUGAAAUAUUUUUGUGUUGCUGUUAGAAAGCAUUGGAUGCUUAUAAUAAUUGAUUUUGAUCACCAAUUGUGCUAUUUCCUGGAUUCUCUUUACAAUUUUCCACCAGAUGAAAUCAAAUCUCUCAUUUCUCGUGUCUUUCAACAUUUACGCACAAAUAAUGCGAAAACUAAGGAAGUUGCGUGGAGAACAGUUAAGUGUCCUCGUCAACCAUUACAAUCAGUACAAUGUGGAUUCUAUGUUAUGAGAAUGAUGAAGGACUUCGUGACAAAUGAAUUUUCAAUGCGAUGGCUAACUAGUAACUGUGGCGGGAAGAACUAUUACACAAAGGAUGAGAUCAAUGAAGUACGUGAAGAAUGGGCACAAUGCAUCAUGGAUUUGAUGAGUACUACAUAGGUCCACCCACUUUUGUUAACUUAGACUUUUAAUGAGAUAUACUUACAAUGUUAACUUAAACUUUCUUGAAGAUAUACACACUUUUGUUGUCCAACUAUAGUUUACAAUGCUUAUAUGAGUCAUUUUGUAAUUAACUUAAGACUCGUUAUUUUAGAUACUUAGUUCAAAUUCUAGUA